AUGCACGACAGCGACCGUUACGAGCUUGUGAAGGACAUCGGAUCGGGGAACUUCGGUGUUGCGAGGUUGAUGAGGGACAAGCAGACCAGGGAGCUCGUAGCCGUGAAGUAUAUCGAAAGGGGCGAGAAGGUCAGCCUGCUAGGCGGAUACUACAAGUUUUAAGUUUAUUUUGACGCGUCGUCUUCCUGUUUUAAUAACAAUUCCUAGAGCUGCAGAUUACAGGGGCUUUCCCGUUCCUUUUUUUCCCCCUCCCGUUCUCAUUUUUUUUUCUCUUUUUGAACGAAUAGUUUGCAUGGAGAUGGUUUGAUGAGAGUUGACCUUGAGUUGGACGAAGAAGUUUAUCAAUUUCUUCUCGCUUCUCUAACUUCUGGCAUUUAUCGGGUAUCUGGGCUGUGGCCAUUCAAAGUGGUCAUUCUUUUUGUUUAUAAGUUUUCUAUAUAUUUGAACUUUUAUCCAUUUUCUGGUAAAUUUAUUAUUUUCUGCCUGCCUCGUCUAUUCUGUCUUUUCAGACUUCUGGCAUGAUUCUUGAGGAUGGAAACGAAAACUAGUUUAUCCUUUUCCUCGGGAUGUGCAGAGAGAUACUUCUUUAGUUUUCUUUCUUGUUCUUGCAAACCUUAUACUUUUGAUGCUUCAAGAGGCCAUGCGGAUGGAUAAAGCGACAGACACACUGCAAUAAGAUGCGUGAUAUCUGAAUUAAUGGGCGAUUAAUCGCUUUGCCGCUUUUUUGGUCGCUUGUUUGUACUCGGGUUUUUUAUAACAUUUUCUCUCAGAGAUUUAAAAGUAAGGGAAUUCCCAGCAUGGAACGUGAUGGUUGUUUGCAUGCUUUAAGUUCAUGGUAGCAGCUUUUAUAUUAUUUACUUUUUUAUUGGAUGUGAUUCUAAUUGUCCGUCUGUUGCACUCUCCAGAUAGAUGAAAAUGUGCGAAGAGAGAUUAUUAACCACAGGUCGUUAAGGCACCCUAACAUUGUUAGGUUCAAAGAGGUAUCUUCGUAGAUGUGACAUAACAGGAAUACUUCAGUGUUCCGUCAACUAAUCCCUUAAAUUCAUUUCAGGUCAUUUUAACGCCGACACAUUUGGCCAUUGUAAUGGAGUAUGCUUCUGGCGGCGAAUUAUUUGAACGCAUCUGCAAUGCCGGGCGCUUUAGUGAGGAUGAGGUUGCUUCUUGAAUCCGUCAACAAUACACGGUGUGAUAACAUUUUCUUCUUCCUGGUCCUUAGCCUUUGUGAACGACACAUUGUUUCACUGCAGGCUCGGUACUUUUUCCAGCAGCUCAUAUCAGGAGUUAGCUACUGCCAUUCAAUGGUAUUUGCAUAAAAAAACCUGGAGAGACAAUGUUCAGACUAAUUUGUCUUAUGAGAAGCUGUGGAUGAUAAGUUGUUUUCUUCCCUGGGUUUGUUUUGAAGCAAGUAUGCCAUCGAGACCUUAAGUUGGAGAACACACUAUUGGAUGGAAGUCCUGCUCCUCGUUUAAAGAUAUGCGAUUUUGGGUACUCCAAGGUACUAUUGGUAGCACAGACAGGACAUACGAUUUUGAUUUAUAUAUCUGAUGUCUUCUUUGUUGUACUUGGUUGCUGUGGUGCAAAUGUUGAACACCUUUGUUCCACAUUCUUUGGUUUCGCUCAAAAUUUCUCUGCCAUUGAUUAGCUUGUAUUUUAAUUUUCAGUCAUCUUUGUUGCAUUCUCAACCAAAAUCAACCGUUGGGACGCCUGCAUACAUUGCUCCUGAAGUUCUACUAAAGAAAGAGUAUGAUGGCAAGGUAAAGUGGCUUUUACUGGCACACUCGUGUCCUUAUUUUUGCCAUCUUUUUCAUGUAUAUUAUGAUGACGGCACCUCACUUAACUGGGAAGCCUGUGCAAAUGAGAAUCUGCAACCGUUAUGUGCAUGCAUUCUAUUGCUUCCUGCAGAAUGAUGUCAAUAAUAUGCUCUUCGUAAAGAAAGUCGGGUGAUUAUUUUCUGUAUCUUUUUAUUUCCUCCACCAAUGGCGCUGCUAAAUUUUCUAGAGUGAAUUUAUAACUGCGAUAAUAGAAAUGAAUGGCUUGGUAAAUUAGUUUCGCAUUCUCUGUGCAUGAUGGUCUUCACUGCUUACUGUUGGGAGUUUAGGGGGGGGGCGGUACUGGUGGUUUGACCGAAGGAGAUGUUGUUAAGGAUUUACUCCUGGGAUGAAUGAGUCUACUAGGUUUAGUACCCUGGGGAUAUCUUCUGAAGGAUAGAAGGUUCAGUGUGCUUAACAUUUCAGAACACCUAACGAUGUGAGAACCCAUUGAUGUCUGUUUGAUUAAGCCUGAUUUAAUCAAUCUUUAGUUGUUUGAGACCCUUCUUGUUCUUGAGUUUGAAUAGGCCUUCGUCUGAAGUUAGAACCAUUCCUACGCAAGGCGCUCACCUUUAUUUUCAAACAUAAAGCGGGCUUGGCACACAGAUUGGACUCUGCCCUAGGUUAAAAAUCUUCCAUUUUUUUUCAUCAACAUUGAGAUGCCAAACCUACUCCAAGAUUGGCAUCGAAAUGGUCCCUUUUAUUCUAAAAACUGGUGCACGUAUGUUUUUGAAUAUAUAUAUAUAUAUAUAUAUAUAUACGCGUAGAAGAUGCAUAUAUGCAUAAGCAUACUCACACUAUUCGCGAUGCAAGGGGGAUGCACAUCUGAACAAUUCAAAUGGAGGUACCAUUGUGAAAUGCCAUCUCAUAGAGACGAUAAUCUAUCUAGUCCCCCCCACCUGGUUAUACUUUUGGGCUCUCUUGGGUUUUUGUUAAGGAGGGCGAGUAACAGUCAACCUGUCAUUCGUCGUCCGAAGACUUUUGGGUCUCUCUUCUGUACUGGGAUCUAUGCAGAGCUUUUAUUGUGUACAGUAAGAAUAUUUUGUAGUCACCGCUGAUUCUCUGGGUGAGGUGAAGCAUCAUCCCCGUAGAAUAUAUAGCUUGAUUUGUUAACAGGAUCUUCUAGAUUCUUGGAGACAUCUCGUUGACACGUAUAUCUUCCAUAGAAGCAUGAUCCUAUGCUUCUUCAUGCGUUCAAUGCAGAUUGCAGAUGUGUGGUCCUGCGGAGUCACUUUGUACGUCAUGCUAGUCGGUGCAUACCCCUUUGAGGAUCCAGAGGAGCCCAAGAACUUCAGGAAGACUAUAGAGGUAUCUACCUGUUAUGAUCGUUGGUUCGAUUCAACGUCGUCAGAAGAAAAUUAUGUUGACCCAUCCAUUCUUUUUAUUUUUAUUUCAGAGGAUAUUAAGUGUUCAGUAUUCGAUCCCAGACGACGUCCACAUAUCCCCCGAGUGUCUGGACUUGAUCCAGAGGAUCUUCAUCGCCAAUCCGGCCUUGGUCCGUUGACUCUUUUCCCACCCACAUGAUUGAUCAAUCACACUAUUCUUUUCCCCAAGUCGCAUGGAAGUUUUCUGGACAAACCUGCCUGAUCGCCAUGCAUUUCGUCAAAACAAUGCUUCUGAAUCCCCAAUCUUGGAUCUUCUCUCUUCUAUCCUCCGUUGACUUUUUUGUAUGGAUCCGCCGCCGUGUGGUUGUGGUUGCGGCUGUGGUUGGUUGCAGAGAAUAACGAUUCCGGAGAUCCAGAACCACAAGUGGUUCCUGAAGAACCUCCCCGCCGACCUCAUGGACGAGAACACGCUGAGCAACCAGUUCGAGGAGCCGGAGCAGCCGAUGCAGGGCAUGGAGGACAUCAUGCAGAUCGUCUCGGAGGCCACCGUGCCGGCGCCCGGGGUCAACCACCACCUCGGCGCUGACCUUGAUCUCGACGACGACAUGGACGACCUCGAGUCUGACCCCGAGCUGGAUAUCGACAGCAGCGGGGAGAUUAUCUACGCCAUGUGA